UGAGAUGAGUAUUUCACUUGAGGAGAUGUGGCAUUCUUUUGUUUCAUUUGUCUCCAAUUCAAGAUAAGUCUCCACUUAAAUAAACCAUGGACUUAACUGAUAACAUCGUCAACAACAACAACAUCAUUUCAAUCCCAAACCCAGAUACAGAAACUCAUCAGUCCCCACCAUCCAAGUCUUUAUCUUUCACCAACACCUCAUUUCCUCAACCUCAACCUCAAAUGGUGGUUUCUUACACACAAUGUCUUAAAAACCAUGCUGCAUGUUUAGGUGGUCACGCUCUUGAUGGUUGUGGCGAGUUCAUGCCAUCUCCUACUGCUAACUCCACCGAUCCCACUUCCCUCAAAUGUGCCGCCUGUGGCUGCCACCGCAACUUCCACCGCCGUCACACUUUUGAUCCCACUUUCUCCCACUCGUUACUUCCACCGCCGCCUCCUCCAGCAUCAGCCGCUGCUCUUCCUAGGAGCUUAAGUCCCAGCACAGACCCUAGCACGGAGCCGAGUCCGGACACAAACUUACCUCAACAGCAAGUGACAUCACCUGCUCCUUGUUCUUUCUACUCAUCCUCACAACACAUGCUCUUGGCUCUGACCACGGCCUACUCCGGGCCGUCCAAUGAUCACUACCCUUACCACCAGGGGUUCAAUCUAAAAAUGGAAAACGUUAACCCAAGUGGAAGAAAGAGAUCAAGAACCAAGUUUUCUAAAGAGCAGAAGGAAAAGAUGGUUUCUUUUGCGGAGAAACUGGGGUGGAGGAUGAACAGAGGGGAAGAACGAUCAACGCAGGAAUUUUGCAGUGAGGUUGGUGUGAGUAGACGUGUGUUCAAGGUGUGGAUGCACAAUAACAAACAGGCUUUUGGGAAGAAACGGUUGGAUCUGAGGGCUGAAAUUAACAACAAGAGUGAGAUUUGUGUUAACGGUUAUGCAGAAAACAGAAACAAUCAUUGUGAAGAAAAUGUUUCUCCCAGAUAGGAAGAUGUGCAAGAGGAUAGCUAUUAAAUAAAUUAUUUUUAUGAUUGUUACAUGUUUAAGUGGGGUUAAUUAAUGGAAUAAUAAAAUUAUUAUAGA